AUGGGGAAACCGAAGGCAGGCUGGCCGCAAGCUCUUCCCUUGGUUUUCGUCCUUGUUGUUCUUCUGACUGGAAUACAUCCCACCAAGGGUCAAACCUUCACGUCGUGUACAAGCACCUGCGUGGGCAAGGAGGACGGGUACUACCCGAGCUGUACAGACUGCGCCCAGUACAGCAUAUGCCGCUCCAACAACAUGGAACAGCACCAGUGUCCGGGCGGACAGUGGUUUGACGCAUCGAGGGGAGUCUGCGACCAGUCCGCCAGCGUAUCCUGCAGUGUCACCCCGGUCACUCUCCCGACCACACUGCAGGCACUCUUAGCACAUACGACAUGUCUGACUGGGGACUGUAAGGAUCAAGUGGAUGGCUAUUACCCUGAUUGUACAUCGCCCUGUAAAAUAUACUUCCUCUGUGUCGAUGAGGAUGCUUUCGCUUUCGACUGCAAGGAGCUGUUCUAUAUGAAGAGCCAGGGCCAGUGCGGCAGUACCCCUGCUGCAGGAUGCAGUCCAACCACAUCUGUAACAACAUCUGCCACAACUUCACCGACGACCUCUGCCACAACCUCUGCAACGACAUCCGGAACAACGUCUCCAACAACAUCCCCAACAACGUCUGCUACAACCCAGUCACUAUUACCAAUAAAAUCCCAGACGUGCGCCUCGAGCUGUGUGGGGAGGGCUACCGGGUACUACCCUGACUGUACGGACCCCUGCAAGGUGUUCCGCAUCUGUCACGCUGGGCAGGAGUUUGUGACCAACUGUGACCCUUUGUUCUACAACUUUGUUGACGGGGAGUGUGACCAUUUCCCCACACCUGGAUGCAGGUACAACAUCCGUUACUACAUCUGCAACCACAUCGGUCACAACUUCUCCUACAACCUCUUUCACAACAUCACUAAGCACUUCGUCAACUACAUCAGCGACUACGUCAGUAACUACUUCUCCUACCACCUCGGCUACGACAUCAGCUACUACCUCGCCAACCACAUCGGCGACGACAUCUGUAACAACGUCUCCUACCACAUCCGUCACAACCAGUGCGACUACCUCGCCUACUACAUCCCCAACUACGUCAGCUACUACUUCUCCAACAACCUCACCAACCACUUCGCCAACUACAUCAGCGACCACCUCGCCAACUACAUCAGCGACUACCUCGCCAACCACAUCAGCGACCACCUCGCCAACAACUUCGCAAACUACAUCACGACCACCUCGCCAACAACUUCGCCAACUACAUCAGCGACCACCUCGCCAACUACAUCAGCGACCACCUCGCCAACCACAUCAGCGACCACCUCGCCAACCACAUCAGCGACCACUUCGCCAACCACAUCAGCGACCACCUCGCCAACCACUUCGCCAACUACAUCAGCUACCACCUCGCCAACCACAUCCCCAACUACAUCAGCGACCACUUCUCCAACCACUUCACCAACCACAUCAGCGACCACCUCACCAACCACUUCGCCAACUACAUCAGCAACAACGUCUGCUACAACUCAAGGACCACCAAUAAAAUCCCAGACGUGCGCCUCGAGCUGUGUGGGGAGGGCUACCGGGUACUACCCUGACUGUACGGACCCCUGCAAGGUGUUCCGCAUCUGUCACGCUGGGCAGGAGUUUGUGACCAACUGUGACCCUUUGUUCUACAACUUUGUUGACGGGGAGUGUGACCAUUUCCCCACGCCUGGAUGCAGGUACAACAUCCGUUACUACAUCUGCAACCACAUCGGUCACAACUUCUCCUACAACCUCUAUCACAACAUCACUGAGCACCUCGUCAACUACAUCAGCGACUACGUCAGUAACUACUUCUCCUACCACCUCGGCUACGACAUCAGCUACUACCUCGCCAACCACAUCGGCGACGACAUCUCGACUACCUCGCCUACUACAUCCCCAACUACAUCAGCGACCACCUCGCCAACCACUUCGCCAACCACAUCAGCGACCACCUCGCCAACCACUUCGCCAACUACAUCAGCUACGCCCUCGCCAACCACUUCGCCAACUACAUCAGCCACCACUUCUCCAACCACUUCGCCAACUACAUCAGCUACCACCUCACCAACCACAUCCCCAACUACAUCAGAGACCACCUCGCCAACCACUUCGCCAACCACAUCAGCGACCACCUCGCCAACCACUUCGCCAACUACAUCAGCUACGCCCUCGCCAACCACUUCGCCAACUACAUCAGCUACCACUUCUCCAACCACUUCGCCAACUACAUCAGCUACCACCUCACCAACCACAUCCCCAACUACAUCAGAGACCACCUCGCCAACCACUUCGCCAACCACAUCAGCGACCACCUCGCCAACCACUUCGCCAACCACAUCAGCGACCACCUCGCCAACCACUUCGCCAACUACAUCAGCUACCACCUCGCCAACCACUUCGCCAACUACAUCAGCUACCACUUCUCCAACCACUUCGCCAACUACAUCAGCUACCACCUCGCCAACCACUUCGCCAACCACAUCAGCGACCACCUCGCCAACCACUUCGCCAACUACAUCAGCUACCACUUUGCCAACUACAUCAGCGACCACCUCGCCAACCACAUCCCCAACUACAUCAGCGACCACCUCGCCAACCACUUCGCCAACCACAUCAGCGACCAUCUCGCCAACCACUUCGCCAACUACAUCAGCUACCACUUCGCCAACUACAUCAGCGACCACCUCGCCAACCACAUCCCCAACUACAUCAGCGACCACCUCGCCAACCACUUCGCCAACCACAUCAGCGACCAUCUCGCCAACCACUUCGCCAACUACAUCAGCGACCACCUCGCCAACCACAUCCUCAACUACAUCAGCUACCACCUCGCCAACCACUUCGCCAGCCACAUCAGCGACCACCUCGCCCACCACUUCGCCAACUACAUCAGCUACCACUUCUCCAACCACUUCACCAACUACAUCAGCUACCACCUCGCCAACCACAUCCCCAACUACAUCAGCGACCACCUCGCCAACCACUUCCGACCACCUCGCCAACCACUUCGCCAACCACAUCAGCAACCACCUCGCCAACCACUUCGCCAACUACAUCAGCUACCACUUCUCCAACCACUUCGCCAACCACAUCAGCGACCACCUCGCCAACCACUUCGCCAACUACAUCAGCUACCACUUCUCCAACCACUUCGCCAAAUACAUCAGCGACCACCUCGCCAACCACUUCGCCAACUACAUCAGCUACCACCUCGCCAACCACAUCCCCAACUACAUCAGCUACCACCUCGCCAACCACAUCCCCAACUACAUCAGCGACCACCUCGCCAACCACUUCGCCAACUACAUCAGCGACCACCUCGCCAACCACUUCGCCAACUACAUCAGCUACGUCCUCGCCAACCACUUCGCCAACUACAUCAGCGACCACCUCGCCAGCCACAUCCCCAACUACAUCAGCGACCACCUCGCCAACCACUUCGCCAACCACAUCAGCUACGCCCUCGCCAACCACUUCGCCAACUACAUCAGCUACCACCUCGCCAACCACUUCGCCAACUACAUCAGCUACCACUUCUCCAACCACUUCGCCAACUACAUCGGCGACCACCUCGCCAACCACAUCCCCAACUACAUCAGCGACCACCUCGCCAACCACUUCGCCAACUACAUCAGCGACCACCUCGCCAACCACUUCGCCAACUACAUCAGCGACCACCUCGCCAACCACUUCGCCAACUACAUCAGCUACCACAACUGCAACAACGUCAGUAACCACUUCUCCUACUACAUCAGCAACCACAUCGGCCACAACAUCAGUCACAACCAGUGGUCAGUGCAUGCCUACAAAUCAAUUGUAGAUCUUGUAGAAAGUUAUCCUAUGUGA